AUCUCCCUGACUGAAAUCAACACAGGAUUAUAAGGUCACAGGAAAUAGAAGUCUGGUGUCAGUUAUGUAUAGGUUGGUGAUUCAAAAAUCUGUCAGAGUGCCAUGUGUUAGUCAGUGUAAACACAUAACCCAUGUGUCAACAGACCGAGUCUGGAUCAGUGAUAGUGAAGGCAAUCUCAUCUUAACAAACACGACAGGAGACAUACUAGAUAAAGUGACAGGUUUACCUGAAUUUAUAUAUGGCGGUGGAUUACAUACGGUGACUCCUGAUAGUGCUGUGAUUUAUGUAGACAGUGACAAUAACAUCAUCAAACUGUCUACAUAUAAAGUAGAGUCGACAGUGAUACCAUACACGUCACCAUGGAGACCACAGUGUGUCUACAGCCCCCCCUCCACUGGACACCUGCUGGUCGGGAUGUAUAAUGGUGAUACAGGUACAGCCCAGGUAAACCGUUACACCAACACAGGUAAACACAUCCAGACCAUACAGCACGACAACACAGGUCAGGGACUGUAUAAAUAUCCUAGCUAUAUCACAGAGAACCGCAAUGGAGAUGUUAUUGUGUCUGACUAUGUCCGUGGUGUAGUGGUGACAGACAGAAGAGGGAGACAUCGCUUCUCCUACACAGGUACUCCAUCAGGAUCACGACUAUAUCCACGUGGAAUCUGUACUGACGCGCUGUCACACAUCCUGGUGUGUGAUUCUAACACCCACACAGUACAGAUCAUUGACCAGGACGGUCAUUUUCUGUCCCAGUUCAAGACAGAACAACACUUGAUAGACAGACCAUGGGGCCUGAGUUUUGAUAGUGAAACAAAGCUUCUCUGGGUUGGAUCAUACAACAACAAAGUAAACAUUUACAGACUUAUCAAUGAAGGGGACAAUCUGACUGAUCAAGUUGAUGAAUUAAAGACGUUCUUGAGAAAGGAGAAGACAACUGUUUCCCAUGCCAGAGGAAUACUUGUUGGAUGUGCCGAGGCUGGAAAAACAACGCUACUGAAGCGUUUAAUAGGGCAAAGUCGAAAUGUCAGCAAAGCUACAAAGUCGUCCAGGGGAAUAACAGAACUGUUUAAACGUUUUAGAGGAAAACACAAAAAUAUCAGUGAAGUUACAGAGUCCACCAGGGGACUGGAAGUCCAUCAACACCUAUUCAUUGUUAAAGAUGGAAUGUUAGAAGUAGCUGAUGACGACUCACCAUUGAAGACAUUUAUCAGGAUAAAUGUCGAAGACUUGAAGGCAAACAUGUCCAGUGAAGUUGACCUCUCAAAUACAAAUGAAAAAAGAGACAGUUUGGAACUGAAAAAAUCUCAUAUAGAUACUGAAGAAAUUUGCACCAGUGAAGAAAAGGCAGAAAGCAAUAUUGAGUUGUCUAGUUCACCAACUGAAGUCAAAGAAGAAGUCAAUACAGUACAGUUAAUGUCCAGUGUUCUCUCCUCAAAAGAAAAAAAAUGA